AUGACGGAUAUGCAACGGAUGGAUGACCCCCCGAUCACUUCUACCGCGGAAACUUUGCAAAAGGUGAUUGCCCUUGACGCCUCCUAUUUGCAUCAACGCUCCCGGGCUGCGCCUCACCUAAACCCAGAACGUUGGAAUCUCUAUCUGCGCAGACGAUAUCAGCUCUCGCAGAAUGCUGCUCCGUCGUUUCCCGUUGACCGCUCUGAGUAUCUCUACAUCCGACAGAACCUUCUUACUCAAAAAUAUGGGCCCAAUUCUCGGUCAUCGUCCAACGCGGGCACCGUCACACCUACCACCGGGACGACUCUCUACGACAUGCUUCUUCUCGAUAGGCAGCAGCGCCACCCACCCUCCCGCCUCUCAUCGUCAUCAUCAUCAUCGACUUCCCAACUGCCCCUCGCCGAGUCUUCUCUACGCCGGAAGAUUGAGAAUGAAGCUCCCGUCAGCAAGGGCUACGCUUUUGCUGGCAUCGAAACCAUCUUUGAUCACCACAAGGAUACGAUCACACGAAUCCGAUUCGCACACAACGACUCGCAUCGGCUGGCUAUCGCCUCGGCUGAUGGAACCGCUUCAAUUUGUCACAUUUCCGAGGCGACAGGGGAGGAGGUGGCGGUGUCACACAAAGUCGACUACUUCGAGCCGCCGGUUCCCGACAGCACCCCAACUUCGGUUUCGCCAUUUCCACCGGCGGCGCUAAUGGACAUAGCAUGGUCACUGGCCAACGACUUCGUCGCUACUGUCAGUCUGGAUGCCUCGUUGUGCCUUUGGGACGUGCAGCGCCAGGGCUGCCUCACGCGACACUUCCGCGAUGUUGCCUCACCUGGGGGAGGGCUCCUUGUCUGUGAAUUCCAUCCUAUCAAUAAUAACUACCUCGUUCUUGGAGAUACUCUGGGUCUCGUGCAGGUGCUGAACCUUUCAACUGGCCGAGUGGUCAAAAAUGGUCGUGACAAGUUACACACUCCGCCGCGGAUGCGAAUAAGGCUGCCGCCGUGUCGCAACCGCACAGAUCUCUCGCACUACCUGGGUCGAGGCUGUGUCACUGCCCUAGCCUUCGAUCCACACUCCUGCCGCUUAUGGGUGGGCACCGAUUUGGGCGUGAUUCAGGCUUACAGCUGCAAUGAGGCCACCGGUGCCCUCGCCCGCCUCUCUCGACUUACUGUCCCUCCACCUCCCUCCACACCCCUCCUACCCACCGUAACUAGCCUCGCUUUCUGUUCCUGGCUUAGCCACGAAGACAGCUCUUGCUACCUCCUCGUCAACGCCGCCGGGGUAGGCCUUCUGUUGUACCACGCCCAACCGGAUAACGGGAAGCUGGAGCUGCACCAACACUUCGAGUUGCCGCACUCACCGCUGUGCAAUCCCCCAGUCACAAACUAUGGCCUCCACCUUCUUCACUCCUGCUUUGCCCCACUCAUCUCCUUCCGCUCCUCAGGUACCGCCUGCGUUAUCUCGGCCAGUGAGGACAGAGGCAGCGUGUACGUCUUUGAGGUGUCAACGAACGCCACCUACUACACACAAGAUAGAAAACGAAGCGGUGCUGUGGUCACCCGUUUACAGGGUCACGAUUGUGAGGUCGGCCGAACGGUGACCGACGUGACCCUGAGCUGGGACGAAAGUUUCCUGGCCUCGGCAGACGAGGCUGGGGUGGUCAUCCUGUGGAGACGCCAAGCUGCAAACUAA